AUGUAUGACAAAUUUAUAGCCAAUACAAAACUACAAGAUUGGACAACAAAUGUUGAUAAAUGGUCCUCUAAUACGCAGCAUACAUUGAGUAAUAAAAGAGAAACACGGGAUAGACUGCCUAUAAAAGAAGAAGCUCGGUAUUUAAAGCCACCGGUGUCACGUUCACCUCAAAAUUUACUAGCAAAUAAUGUUGAUGUGAAGAAUGAAUUUGACAUGGAAAUAACGAGUGAUGGGCAGGUCAUAACUAAUGAUUAUUUACCUAAGCAACACCCUGAAACACUCUAUUCCUCGUUGCCAGGGAAAAAGACAAAAAAUCAACUCUGCAGUCAGACU